UAGAAAAUUCUUCAGUACCGUUCUGCUGGAAACUGAGCUAAGUCUUAGUUGUACACCAGUACUCUUUCCUUGCAUGGUCCUGGUGCUUCGUUAUAGAUUCGAACUAGCGGUGUUCUUUGGAAUGCUUGCGUCCAACUAAAUCCCUUUUUCCUGCGAUACAGUGAGUAUGAGUAUUUGGUCAAUUGAGCUCCUCUAGUGCACCGGUCAAGGACUGAGUACAUCCGCAGUAUCUACAGCGCAACUCAAAUUUGAUGUAGAACUAAUAUCAGCAGUAGGUUUUGUACUAAGUAAAUUUAGUUGUAGGUAAAGAUUCAUGACCAGCCCUUCAACGGGAACAACAUCAAUGACGAAGGCGGAACAGGCGCCGCGUCCGCAGCAGCGCGAUAUUCGACCAUGCAGUAGUCGACAGCCAGCGCUUAGUCAAGUUUCGCAGAUCCAUACGUUCAGCUUAGUGGUGGUGGUCGUAUUGGCUUGGUCUGCUAUUGCGCCCUUACCCGCCACAGCUGAGUUGACAGUGACGUGUAUCAGCAACGCACCAAGGAACUGUAGCUACAUAGGAGGAGAAGCCAAAUACGUCUGCCUAGUCCGGGGAGCACCCAACUGGGUCGCAGACAUACAUGUCAGCCCCGGACGCCUGUCCUCGUAUUCCAUACUCAACGUUCCCGGCGGACAAAACGUGCCGUUCGUUUUCGAAAACGUCAGCCUCUCAGAUAACCACCUGACACACUGUGUAACAGCAAGUACUCCCCAGUCUUCCAGGCAGGCCUGCUUCCAAGUGACAGCAUGCAUACCGAAUAUCCUGAACUGCCGGAUGAUAAACUCUACCGAUUCGGAGAACUGUACGGAUAUUGGCAUGGAUGUCAAGUACCACUGCACCGCUCGAGGUCCAGACCUGUCCCUGGCCUUGCUCAGUCCCAUCUGCGGGGGCAGCUUCAGUGUUCAGGAGGCGACCGGCGGUCAGGAUCUUUUCUUCACGUUCCGCAAACUGAGCUGGGCGGAUAACGGGAGAACGCAUUGCAUUUUCGCCCGCACCGCACACGAACAGCAGCAGCAUUGCCUCAAACUGUCCGUCUGCCGUCCAAACCUUGAUGAGUGUUCUCUUGGUAUACAUAGCUGUGCUGCUGAAGCUAACUGCUCCAACACCCAGGGUUCCUUCAUGUGUAUGUGUAACCCUGGAUUCACCGGCACUGGCAUGGCCUGUCAGGACCUUGAUGAGUGUUCUCUUGGUACACAUAGCUGUGCUGCUGAAGCUAACUGCUCCAACACCCAGGGUUCCUUCAUGUGUAUGUGUAACCCUGGAUUCACCGGCACUGGCAUGGUCUGUCAGGUGAUAGCGUUGUGGCUUUACUUGCCGGCAACGCUAGGGCCUUUCAGCCUGUCGUCCAUUGCAAGACGGGACGUAUUGCAUCCUUCCUACGAGGACGCAGUUGGACACUGCGCCACCAUUGGCUAUUACCUUGGUAGUGAAGAGAACAUUCUGGAUUGGCGUUUCCAUCUUAGGAGCGACUUCACAACUAUCGCACUCGAUAACGCAGGCCCAUAUUACAUGGCCAAGUCAGCAGCCAGCCCUAGAGUUGUCAGCUUCUCGCCAUCAGGCUCGGUAAUAUUUAGCAAUACCGAUAACAGUCCGGGAAGGCCUUACCGGUCGCUCUGUUUCGUGUUAUGUAAUAACGGAUUCAUGGACACAUCAGUACCCAGUGCGCCUGUAUGCAGGUGUCUACCAGGCUGGGUUGGCAAGCGAUGUGAAAAACGUGCUGUUGAUGGUUUUGCCAGUACAAUUUCGUGGGUUGUGCCCAACACCGGGCGGUGUAAACCUACGUACACCGCCCCACUGCAAUGUGCCCAGAGCGGCCGCUUCCCGUGGCAACCUGCCCAGGCCUCGUGCGACCGGUGGUAUAGUAGCAUUGCGACACAGCUACCCCUGCACAGCCCGGCUGCAUCAGCCUUCCAUCGCUUGGUCAGCGAGCUAACCGUGGCCGGCUUUCACCAUCGUAUGUCUGUCUGGCUCAACAACACUGGUGUUAGAUCCCUGUACAGCCUGAGCAGAGAGGCCCUCAGCGCUCCACAUAUCAACACUUCUGUCACCCGUGACCGGUGACCCAGUCGGAGAUAUAAUCUGCCAAGCUGAUUGGACACACACCAAGGUCACGUUCAUGCUGUGGCAUGCACGUGUGGCAGUCAAGGCAGCACCACCCGUAACCGCCGCUGACCUGUGGAUGAUCCCGGUGUUCUGUUCGGCCAUGAAUAUGUCAAUUCCGCAAUACGACUCCCGCUUCCACCCGGGACUGUUCUAUAACGCCAUGCGUCAGCUCGGCUUUGCAGGCCCGGAGUUUAAUAUACCGGUGCAGUCCCUAACGUACGACAGCAGCUUCUACAUAGCAAGGAUUUCGUCGCCAUCUCAUUCGCGAAUCGAUUACACUCCUGGCAAAUUACAACCGACGUACAGUCCAGUAUGCGUGAAGUUGUGCUCGGCAACCGAAUCCUUGAACGACUUCAAUGAAUGCCUUCCAUAACAGCUCCUCCGGACAACAAGGGAAAUGGUAGAUGUCGCAGUGCUUGCAACAACAGACGACGUCACCGACCAACGGUAUACAACCACAGGAGAGGCCAACACUAUUCCCGUCAAUUCCGUUUAUGCCCGUGUGUUUGAAAAUGCCGUGAUGUCUGCCUCCCUAAACCUCAGCCCCACUGCCCCGAGUCGGGUCGUGCAUGCUUCCCUAGCUGCAUCUCGUGUUUGCCAGUUAAGUGGUCUUGUCGUUGAGCGAAGCAAUUUCAGCCCGUGGGGACUGCAAGAAAGCAUCCUCAAGUUCCAUCUCCUGCAACUUCUUGUUAGGCUAAGAUAACAGGCUGUGUACAAUAUAAAUUACUAAAUACAGGUUUCGGAGUACCACAGUGGAGAAACAAUACUGUCUAGUUGCAAUACUGUCUAGGUGCAAAACUGUCUAGUUGCAACACUGGGCUUCAACAUAACAAGCUGUAUACAAUGUACAUUAUAAUGAUAGGUUUCUCAGCACCCCCCCCCCCCCCCCACUGUGGUAGUUUGCAAUACACCGUGCAACAUUCUGCUUGCACUCCCAUUUUGCCCAGUAAUGCUGGAAUGCAUGGUGUGAGAUUCCUACUUGAAGUAUGUAUAAUAAUAUGCUGUAUCCUGGCUGGUAGUUUGCAAUACACUGUGCAACAGGCUGCUUGCACAUACAGUCAUUAUGUCUAGUAGUAAUGCUGCAUUGCUGGUGUGCAUGGUCUGAGAUGCCCUGCUGCAUAUGUGUAAAGUAUGUAUCCUGGGUCGUGGCUUGCAGUGCAUGCCGUCACAGGCUGCUUGCAUUCCCAUUAAGUUAAUACUAGCAUUAUGUCUAGCAAGACCGGUAUGGCUACUUCCGAAGAAGUUGAGAGCUUGGGAUACCUGGAUCUAAGGUAUGUAUGAAAGAUGCACUCGCAGCCAUGCGCUACCUGUGGUAUUCCCCCACGCAUGGAAAUAGUCAUGGUAUUGAACGAAGUGUACAGUCAUUUUGCCCAUCCCAUUGCCAGGAACGCUGCUGCUGUCCCUUUGGCGUAACUUUAUUCACUAAUCUGACAUUCACUCACACACGCUCUCACCCACUCUCGUACAUGCACUCACCGCCAACGCACCAGUUGCCCUCUCUCUCUCCCCCCCCCCCUCUUCCUCUCUAUAUCUUUUUCUCUUUUCUCAUAUCCCUCUCUUUCAGACUCUCAUGCUCACUCUCCCACUCACAACGGUGUGCGUUGGGUGACUUGAUCACGAGACUACUCUGCAAAGGAGCACACUUGACCUUGACAGACUGCAUGGCUUUUUAUCACCUACACGCCCAUUUUAGUGCUCUAAGUUCUUUGUUGUUGAUAAGGGUUUCCUUCUUUCUAUCUAGGUGUGUGCACAUUCAUAAAAAUGGGAAUAUUUGCGGUUUUGUUGCUAUCGUAGCUUUCCUGUCUGCUAAUAGUGUCACCAGUGUCUUGGCCCAUUUCCCUUUGGCUUUGGUGAUCGAGAAUGGGUUGCGUUCGGUCUUGUAUGUAUUCGGUUUGGUAUUAUGCGUGAUGGGGAUGAAAUUAUAUGCAGCUAGGUAUCAUUAGGUAUCAUGCUACCAUUCUCAGAUACACUGCAAAGGUUCACACUACACGCGUUAUGCAUAACCGCUAGCUAUGCUGCAUUCUCACGCUUUUUUUUCAUGCUACUCUAGCUAUAUAACUGGUUGUUUUAGUGAUUCUUACUGUGUGACGGUGUUACACUGAUGAUAGUCACACGAAAACGUUCUGGAAUUGUUUCAUUUUAAUUAUUUAUACAUGGU